GAUUCUGUCUGAAUUCCUUCCCUGUGCCACCGACACGCCCUCCACUCCAACCAACGGAAUAACCUGCAGCUCCCGGGCAGGCUCUGCGCGUUCGCAUCCGGCCUCUGCACCUGGAACCCGUCCCUCCCCCUGCCCCAUUGCCAUCCCUUUACCGGGCGCCGUAGAUUUCCUCUAGAAGCUGUUUCUGAAUCCUAAGACUGAGCUGCGUGGCCAUCCGCGCGCUGCUCCUGCACAAAGUCUCCUGGGUCUUCUUUAAGACCCGGCUCUGAAGCAGGUUCCCUGCAGCUCCUUUAGUGCUGGCAGCCCUCUGGCAUGUGCCAGGUUUAUCUGUGGGUGGGUUUCUGGACUGUUUUCCCCGUGUCAUCCUUAUUGGGGUAGGGACAGCCUUGUAUUUGCUCUAUCUGUGCGGUGCCAGGCUGGGGACAGAAGCAGUGAAUCGUGGCCUGUGGAGCCUGGGAAGACACUCUUAACUCUCAGGUUAGGUUGGUGGGAAGUGGCUGUGCAGAGAUGAAAGGAGGGUGGAGCCAAGCCUUAAGGGUGUAGAGGGGGAGGCUGUCAGUGCUUCCCCCCGGGCCACAAGACUGCAGUAGCUGGCAUGGCAGGAAGCGGGCAGUAUUCCAGGGCUCAGAGGAGGGCACGUGCUGGGACGGGGCUCUCCACACAGAAGGUGAAGGUAAGUGACAGACUGCACUCACACCCACUUUCCAGAGCUGUCCUUUUUUCGUCUGCCCGUCCUCAUGAUGCCCCUUGGCAGAAUUACCCUCUCUACAUCCGCAGCGUCCCCACGGAGAACGAGCUCCAGUUCCACUACAUGCUGCACACGUCCCUGGACGUGGUGGACGAGAAGAUCUCCGCGAUGGGGAAGGCCCUGGUGGACCAAAGGGAGCUCUACCUGGGCCUCCUCUACCCCACGGAGGACUACAAGGUCUACGGCUACGUGACCAACUCCAAGGUGAAGUUCGUCAUGGUGGUGGAUUCUUCCAACACGGCGCUCAGAGACAAUGAGAUCCGGAGCAUGUUCCGGAAGCUGCACAGCUCCUACACCGACGUGAUGUGCAACCCCUUCUACACGCCGGGUGACCGCAUUCAGUCCAGGGCCUUCGACAGCAUGGUGACAGCCAUGAUGAUCCAGGUCUGCUGAGCGAGAGGAGGCCGCCGGGCCGCCUUCGGGCAGGGCCGCCUUCGGGCAGGGCGCGGUCUUCUUGGGUGUAUUUAGUGCUGUGGGUGCCGGGCCUCCGCUGCGGAGCGCGGCCUCGUGUCCAGGGGGGUGGCGACUAAAGGUCUUGUGAGACCC